AUGACCAUGGCCACGGUCGCCACCGCUUGGACGGUCUGGGCGGCGCUGGCGUCGGCCGUGCUGGCCUCGUGCCUGUUCAACGCGCUGGUGCGCCUCGUGUGGAGGCCGCGCGCCAUCGCCGGGAGGCUGGCGCGGCAGGGCGUGCGCGGGCCGGGGUACAGGUUCUUCGUCGGGAACCUCGGCGACAUCCGGCGGCUCCGCGCGGCCGGCGCCGGCCUCGUGCUCGACGUCUCCUCCCACGACUUCAUCCCCAUCUCCCAGCCCCAGUUCCGCCAAUGGAUCCCGCUCUACGGGCGCGUGUUCCUCUACUGGUUCGGGUCGACGCCCAACAUGUGCGUGGCCGACCUGGGCAUGGCGAAGCAGCUGCUGUCGGACCGGACGGGGCUGUUCCCCAAGAACUGGAUGAACCCCAUCGUCCGGCUGGUGGGCAAGGGCCUCGUCAUGACCGACGGCGACGUCUGGCACCGCCACAAGAAGGUCCUGCACCCGGCCUUCAACCUGGACAAGCUCAAGGUGAUGACGUCGACAAUGGUGGACUGCGUGCUGUCGAUGGCGUCCCGGUGGGAGGCGCAGUUGGCCAGUCAUGGGAAGAAAGAUUGCCAGGAGAUCGAGCUGACUAGCCAGUUCGAGGAGCUCACCGCCGAUGUGAUCUCGCGCACCGCCUUCGGGAGCAGCUACAGAGAGGGCCGGAAGAUCUUCCUGGCGCUGAAUGAGAUCCAGUUAAUCGCCUUCUCCACCCUCUGGACCGACUACAUUCCAGGAUUCAGGUUCGUGCCAACCAAGAAGAACAUGAGGCUGUGGAAGCUGAACAAGAUGAUGCGGAGCACGCUGGUGGAGAUCAUCGAGAACAGGCUCGCAGCCAAGGACACGGAUGGCUAUGGGAGCGACCUGCUGGGGCUGAUGCUGGAGGCGUGCGCGCCGGAGCAGGGGCAGGCGCCGCUGCUGAGCAUGGACGAGAUCAUCGACGAGUGCAAGACCUUCUUCUUCGCCGGGCAGGAGACGAGCCUGCACAUGCUCAACUGGACCAUGUUCCUACUGGGCACGCACCCGGAGUGGCAGCGGAAGCUCAGGGAGGAGGUGCUGCGGGAGUGCGGCGGGGAUCAUCAGGUCCCCACCUACGACACGCUCAGCAGGCUGAGGCUGGUGAACCUGUUCCUGCUGGAGACGCUGCGGCUGUACAGCCCGGUGCCGCUCAUCCGGAGGAGGACGAGGUCGGAGGUGGAGCUCGGCGGCGUCACCGUGCCGAGGGACGCGCUCCUGACCAUCCCGAUCGCGACGAUGCACCGGGACAGGGAGGUGUGGGGCGAGGACGCCGACGAGUUCAACCCGAUGAGGUUCGACGCCGGCGGCGGCGGCGCCGCCCGGGCCGCGAGCCACGCCAACGCGCUCUUGUCCUUCUCCAUGGGCCCCAGGACGUGCAUCGGGCAGAACUUCGCCAUGGUCCAGGCCAAGGCCGAGGUCGCCGUCAUCCUCCGGAGGUUUGCGCUGUCGCUCUCCCCGAGCUAUGUGCACGCGCCCACCGACGUGAUCACGCUGCGGCCAAAGUACGGGCUACCGAUGAUCAUCACAAGACUCGACGCCUGA